AUGGCGGUGAGGGGGGCAGAGGACAGACUGGACACGGAUGAACCAACUGGCAGAAGGGACAACAUCUCACUACAAGGCACAGCAACUACCGCCAUGACUGCAAAAGAAGCAGAAGAAGGAGGAGGUGUGACAAUGGAAGCAGUGCUCCCGCGGCUCAUUGACACUGCUGCCUCCACCUCCAACCUGGCUUUCUUGGCGGCCACGGAGGCCGCCGCCACACCAUGA